CUCUAGCUCUGAGGAGAGUUGGGUGGUGGCAAGAAUCCCCAUAGAACCAAAAAGUAAUAAAUCAAAGCUUCAUUAUCUUCUUCAAACCCCUGGCUGAAUGAAAUGUCGCAGGUGAAUGAGCACCACCACCACGCACCCUCCACGCCAGGGAAAUUGAAGCCAGAAAAAUCCCCAUACAACCGCCUCCGUAUCCACUCCUCUCUCUCCAAACUCACUCUCUGGUCCUCCUUCUUCCUCGCAUUCAUCCUCUUCCUCUUCAUUCUGUCACCGCCUUCGCCCUCCGCCUCCCCCCGCCGCCGCUCCCUCGGCGACUCCUGGGGCGGCUCCCACUGGGAAAAGCGCGUCGCCAAGUCCGCUCGCCGCUCCUCCCCCUCCAGCCUCUCUGUCCUCGUCACCGGAGCCGCCGGCUUCGUCGGCUCCCACGUCUCCCUCUCCCUCAAGCGCCGUGGCGACGGUGUCGUCGGCCUCGACAACUUCAACCGCUACUACGACCCCGCCCUCAAGCGCGCCCGCCAGCGCCUCCUCGACCGCGCCGGCGUCUUCGUCGUCGACGCCGACCUCAACGACUCCGCCCUCCUCCGCAAGCUCUUCGAUGUCGUCCCUUUCACCCACGUCAUGCACCUCGCCGCCCAGGCCGGUGUCCGCUACGCCAUGCAGAACCCCCAAUCCUACAUCCACAGCAACAUCGCCGGUUUCGUCAACCUUCUAGAAGCUUCCAAAUCCGCUAACCCUCAACCCUCUAUCGUCUGGGCCUCUUCAAGCUCCGUCUACGGCCUCAAUUCCAAAGUCCCCUUCUCCGAAAAAGACCGUACGGAUCAACCCGCAAGCCUCUAUGCCGCCACAAAGAAAGCCGGCGAAGAAAUCGCUCACUCCUAUAACCACAUCUACGGGCUUUCCAUCACCGGGCUUCGGUUCUUCACUGUUUACGGGCCCUGGGGCCGACCCGACAUGGCGUACUUCUUCUUCACGAAGGACAUUCUGAAAGGGAAGCAGAUUACGAUAUUCGAGUCACUCGACGGCGGAACCGUGGCGAGGGAUUUCACCUACAUUGACGACAUUGUGAAGGGGUGUUUAGGGGCUUUGGAUACCGCGAAGAAGAGUACCGGGAGUGGGGGCAAGAAAAAAGGGCCUGCUCAAUUUAGGGUUUUUAAUUUGGGGAAUACUUCCCCUGUGCCUGUGAGUGAGCUUGUGGCGAUUCUGGAGAAGCUUCUUAAGGUGAAGGCCAAGAAGAAGGUGCUUCCAAUGCCCACCAAUGGAGAUGUGAAGUUCACUCAUGCUAAUAUUAGUUUGGCUCACAGGGACCUUGGGUAUAGGCCCACCACUGAUUUGGAGACUGGGCUUAGAAAGUUUGUGAAGUGGUACCUUGAAUUUUACUCCAAGAAGAGCUCUUGGUGAAUGUUGAUGUGAUUCUUUUGCUUUGCUGCCCCUAUUCUUUUCGCUCUGCUUGUAAUUUGGAGGAUAGAGGUUUUACCGUUGUGUUAGGGGUUACGGAUGACCUUGCAUCAUGUUCUGUUCUGUUCUGUGCUGUCUUUUUUUUUCAUCUUCGACUGUAUGCCUGCCUUUUAGGUUAGCCUCUGUACAUUCUUUAGUUGAGAGUUGAGACAUCGAAUUGAUAUUUUUAGUUAUUUGUGCUUAUGGACUCGAUUUGCUUUUGCCUUUUGGGUUUAAAACUGCUUGCCAUUUGGUUAUGAAUUUGCCUGCUUCCUGCGUGUACUGCUAAUAAAUACUAUUGCUUCUCUUAAUUGGAAA